AUGGCGACUGAGUUUGACGAUGUACUGACAAAUCAACCUGUUGUCAUUGACAAUGGGUCCGGUACUAUCAAAGCUGGUUUCGCAGGCGAAGAGCAACCUUCAUGCUAUAUACCGUCUUUCGUUGGUCGACCGAAACACCCACGGGUGAUGGCAGGAGCGAUACAGGAUAACUUAUUCAUAGGACGAAGAGCUCAAGAGCUCAGAGGAUUGUUGAAGAUAAAGUAUCCAAUGGAGCAUGGUGUGGUGACAGAUUGGGACGAUAUGGAGAGGAUAUGGGGCUGGGUAUAUGGUGAAGGCUUGAAGGCUUUGAGUGAAGAACAUCCAGUACUGCUUACCGAGGCACCACUAAAUCCACGUCAAAAUAGGGAUGUGGCCGCUCAAAUAUUCUUCGAAACAUUCAACGUUCCUGCAUUCUUCACGAGUGUACAAGCUGUUCUAUCUUUAUACUCAUCUGGACGCACGACGGGAAUAGUUUUAGAUUCAGGCGACGGAGUGACUCAUGCAGUACCUGUUUUUGAGGGCUUUUCGAUGCCACACGCAAUUAGAAGAAUUGAUAUUGCAGGAAGAGACGUGACGGAUCAUCUUCAAUUGCUACUUCGAAAAUCGGGUUAUAAUUUACAUACUUCAGCUGAAAAAGAAGUAGUUAGAACAAUAAAGGAGAAAACUUGUUAUUUAGCUUUAAAUCCUGCUAAAGAGGAAAAAGAUCAAAGUGGAGCUUGGGAGGAAUUCAGAUUACCCGAUGGCAAAGUGAUACAAUUGGGUGUGGAGAGAUUCUUGGCGCCUGAGAUAUUGUUCAAUCCUGAACUGAUAGGACAAGAGUAUCCGGGUGUGCAUCAGGUCAUCGUGGAUUCAAUCAAUAGGACAGAUUUGGAUUUACGAAAAUCGUUAUUCAGCAAUAUUGUGCUGUCGGGUGGAUCUACUUUAUGUACCGGUUUCGGUGAUCGUUUACUAAACGAAGUCAAGAAAUUAGCAUUGAAAGACGUAAAGCUGAAAAUAUACGCUCCACCAGAACGAAAGUACUCAACUUGGAUAGGAGGAAGUAUCUUGGCUGGAUUAAGCACUUUCAAGAAGAUGUGGGUAUCAGCAGAUGAAUAUAAAGAGGAUCCAGAUAUCAUACAUAAAAAGGCUUUCUAG